AUGAAGCUCUUUAAAUUCACCCUACCACUCUCGGCUUUGCUCUUAUAUCUCGCGCCCCUGUUUCUUCUUACUUUUGCUCAUCACUGGGAUGACGAGCUCGCUAGUCGUACCGACGACUUGCUCUAUGAUCGCAGCAUACUCGAGACGUUUGAAGUCCGGGACCUCCUCAAAGAGAUUAUAGUCCGUGAAAUUCUUGAAGCGCGAGCCCCGCAGCCCUCCGGCAACCCCGGCAAUGCCGUAUAUAUUUACACACUUCGUUCGCCUGACUCUCGCUGCACACACGUCUGGACUACCACACUUACCAAGUCGGAAGCCGAUGUCAAAGGAUAUUCUCCUGGAGCCAUAAAUGUUGCACCGACAAUGUGCCAAGCUUGCCUCCAGAACCCUUAUUUCCACGGCGACCCGCAGCCGACCAGGACUUCCAAUAGAGGAGGGAAUCUUUCAGCACCGCCAAAGGGCAAUCAUGGUGGACCCAAGCCUAAACCUCAGCCUCUCAAAGGUGGACACGCCAAGAAGGCACUGAAGGGCAGAAAGUAG